AUGCAGCAGGAGCGUGGGGGGCAGAGCCCGGGACCCCCCGAGACCGAGGUCAAGGUGGUCGUCGUCGGGGAUGGGGGCUGCGGGAAGACGUCUCUGCUGGUGGCCUUCGCCAGGGGAGACUUCCCCAAGGUGUAUGUCCCCACCGUGUUUGAGAAGUACACAGCCUCCAUCCAGCUUGGCGGCAAGCCCGUGACGAUCCACCUUUGGGACACAGCAGGACAGGAAGACUAUGACAGGCUUCGUCCCUUGUCCUACGCCAACGCCAACGUCGUCCUCAUCUGCUUUGACGUCACCAGCCCCAACAGCUAUGAAAAUAUCCUCACCAAGUGGUACCCAGAGGUGAACCACUUCUGCAAGGGUGUCCCGGUGCUGCUGGUGGGCUGCAAGACCGACCUGCGGCGGGACCAGGAGGUGCUGGCCAAGCUGCAGGAGGGACGCCUGGAGCCCAUCUCCUACCAGCAGGGAGAGGCCAUGGCCCGGCAGGUCCGCGCUGUGUCCUACUUGGAGUGCUCGGCCAGGUACCAGGAGAACGUUGGGGACAUCUUCGUGAGGGCCUGCGCUGCUGCCCUCCACGCUGCGCGCCGCAGCCAGCGCCGGAGGCGACCCCGCAGGGGCUGCGUGCUCUGCUGA